AUGUUCGUACCGACGACCGGCGGUCGAUACUUCAGCAUGUUUCUCAUGACUGCUGGAUCAUACUCUCCUUACAAUCUGUGCGUGUCCUGGCUGAGCUCCACGCUUCCUCGGCCAAAGGCCAAACGAGCAACAUCACUAGCACUGGUCAACCUGAUGGGUGCUGGUGUGGCGCAUUUCUAUACAUCGUAUAUGUUCCCGGAUUCGCAAAAGCCAAGGUAUUAUGCUGGUGGCGGCGUCAUGAGCGGGGCUUGUUUAGUCUGUGCGAUGACAGCUUUAGGAAUCAAGUGGCAUUUGAAGAAGCAGAAUGCAGAGCUGGAGAAAGCAGAAUUGGAAGAAGGAAGAGUGGCAGGAGAAGCUAUCGCCGGCCAAGAAAGAGGUAAUCCCCACGGCGGAGUCGUUUCCUUCCGCUAUGUGCAUUAG